AACUUCCAAUUUAUUUGAAUGAUGAAGCAGACGAAUCUCAUUAUAAUGCAGUUUCUUACGACAAAAAUUUGAGUAAAAUGGAAAGAUUUUUAUUGUUAAAAGGGAAUCCACACACAGAUCCAGAAAAAAUAAAAAUUUGCACUCGCCGUUUUGCACUGGUUUGUGUGAUGAAAACUCCAUAUUACCGACAUAAUAAAGUUUUCAAAUGGGGACUUAAAGCAACUAAGUUUCAAAAUAUCAUAUUCUUAAAUUUCUCCGAACCUGGAGAAGUAUUCAAGGAAGAAAGACAACCAACUCCUUAUGCCAAGCAACAUUUUAAAUUUCAACAACAUUGCUUUACUGAUACACCAAUAGCUGAUGCUGUUAAUACAUCUGUUAAUGAAACAGAAAUGUUCUAUAUCUACCAAGCCUCCAUGAAAAACUUUGAUAUUAUCUACUCUGCGGAAGCUCUAGGGAUUAUAUCUCAAACAGAAAUUUCAGAUGUAAGAAAUAUUUUAAAACUAAACACACAUCGUUUUGUGACCACAAAAAUCUUAUCUGACAAAUCUCAGAUCCUUAUGUCGUACUCUUAUUCGUUAAAAUUAUGGUUGCAGUGCAAUUUAAUGGGUGCUACAGAUAUUUGUAUUGGCUACAAUGAUGGUAAUGGCUACGUAACUCAUUACAAUAUGAUUCGAGCAAAUGAUCUUAUUGGUUUUCAAAAUUGGAAUCCGUACCGAGGUACCAAAUUUCUUUUGGAAUUUUUAACACAUAUCAAGGAGAAUUUGUCCUCAAUUGAUUGUCCUUAUACUGUGGCUGAAUAUCAGUAUGAUCCAUUAAAAAAGAGUGUCAUAUAUAAAAUCCAUCAUGGAAAAACAAAUCACUCGUUUCUAUCGAAUGAAUUUAUAGACGAA